AUGUUGAAAGAACUCGUCCUCGUCACCGGCACUACAGGACACCUAGGUUUCCGCACUCUUGUCUUUACCCUUCAGCAUGGCUUCAAGGCUCGUGUCCCCCUGCGGAAGCUCGAGCAGGCGGAUAAGCUGAAAGCGACAGCCUCGCUGAAGCCCUUCUUGGACGACGUUGAGUUCGUCCACGUACCGGAUAUCACCUCCGACGGAGCGUACGGUGAGAAUAUACAGGGCGUCGACUAUGUGAUUCACGUGGCUUCGCCGGUUUACAGCGCGUUUGGAGCUGGAGAAACCGACUGGAAGAAGCUGAUGUACGAACCAGCCGAGAAAGGCGUACUGAACAUUCUCAAGGCAGCGAGCAAAGAGCCUCGCGUGAAGCGUGUGGUGAUCACCUCGAGCAUCAUCGUCAUCGAGCCCAAGAACGGCGCCGAACGCGCUGGUCCCCACGACAUCAAACCCCUCCCCUCCCCCCAAAAACUCGCCUCCGCCCCGAACGCCCCAGCCGCCUACGUCCUGUCCAAAACUCUCGCCCACGUCCGCAGCACCGAGUACAUCGCCCAGCACAACCCGCACUACGCCCUCAUCUGCAUUCUUCCCGGGUAUAUCCAGGGGCCCAACGAACUCUACACCUCCGCCGAGCAAAUGCGCGAUCCGUCCCGCUUAGGCUCGAAUGAAGGGACCAUGCUCACGGCCCUGGGGCUGGCGCCGGGGGCGGAGAAGGUGAGACACCUGGACAAUAUCUUGACGGUCGGGAAUGGAGGGAUGAGCACGCCGUGGCGGGAUGUGGUGGGACUUGUUAUGGAGUUGUUUCCGGAGGAGGUGGAGAGGGGAGUGCUGAGGCCUGGGACGCUGGAUGAGGAGGUUGUGGGGGAUGCGGUGGAUUUGAGAGGGAGUGAGGAGAAGGUUGGGUUUGAGUUUGGGGGGAUGGAGAAGUGGGUGCCCGGGUUGGUUGGGCAGUAUCUGGAGUUGUUGAAGGAGUAG